AUGUCUUCGCGUGUCACGAGACGCGCUGGCGCUGCCGCGAAAGCCAAGCUGAAGGCUAUCGUUCAGGCAGAAGAAGAAGAAGAAGAAGAAGAAGACAGCUACGAAGACGAACAUGUUGAGGAGCACGAAGAUGUCGCGAAGAAUCAUGCGAGUACUGUUCUUCAAACAGAAUCUCUUCCACAGCCCGUCUAUGAAACCUUCCAAACAGCGGCAGACCUCUCGAACGGUCUUUGUAUUGUUCGCAAGCUGGAUGAUGGAAGAUAUGAGAUCCUCAAUUUGACAAACGCUGAGGCGAGUACUCUUGGCAACAUAGACACUGGACGUCUGAUCCGUGGGGACGAAUCUGGUGCGAGGCAGCAGAUUCUUGAAGAGGCUGAACAACAAUGGAAAGAGUCCGAAUUCAAGAUUGGACAAGUCUUAGGUAGCGUCAAAUUGCGAAUCUUCCGAUUCUUGAAACUCCCAAUUGAGUUAAGAUUCAAGAUAUACGAUUACACCAUCUCCUCAGCAAAGACGCUUCAUAUUGGAAGUCAUCAGUAUAGCCCUGAGAAUAUUCUCGGUGGUCUCCACUUGACAGGCACUUGCCGACAAAUCUUUGCAGAGACACGCAGCAUGUUUUGGCGCAACACUUUCCGAGUUAGUGGCAUCUGCAAGCAAAUCAAACUCAUCGUACCCACCUUAACCGACAACCUGAGGGAAGUAACUUGGACUUGGUGGUCCACCAAGAACAGGGAUUCAAAGACACUAAGGAUGUUUGCGGAUUGCAAAAAGCUCAGGAAGUUUCACCUGUGCCUGACUAAAUACUGCCACAUAGGUCACAUCUACCAUCCUACUGUACAACACAAGUAUCAGGACGAGCCGGCUGUCCAGAAAUUCUGCAAGACUAACGGUUUUGAUUUACUUGUAAGUUUGCGAGGGUUUGAACUUGUUACGGUCAGGAACGAGUGCGACCCAACAUUGAAGAUCCUGGCAGAUAAGCUCAGCGAAGUGGAGCUCAAGGCUUUCGAGUCUUUCUUGAUGCAAAAGCUCACUCAACCAAAGGACCCAGAUAUACUGACAUACUUUCCCGUAAUCAAGACAGCGGCAUUGACUGUUGGCAAGAAGACCUCCAAGGAUACCACGAAAUCCAGAUCCACAGCCAAGGCAUCUACCAAGAAAGGAACUUUGGCUGCUUGA